AUGAUUAAUAAUGAUCUUCUUUCAAAUCCCAACUCGUCUUCGGAACAAGCAUUGGCUUUACAGCGACUGCAGAAGAUAAACCAUGACCUCCGCUUUGAGCUGGAGACUCAAAGGAGGAGUCACGAGGAAGCCAGAGAGGCUGAACUGCGGCGACGAGUAGAUCUCCUAGCUCAACAAGCACAGUUACUGGUCACAGGUGAUGCUACAGCGCUGGCACAAGCCCAUCUAGAGCAAGAUCGCCGGAUUUUUCAUGAGCAGCAGAUGGAGUGGGAGAGUUGUGUGGCCUCCCUGAAGUCCCAGCUGAGGGCCAGCGAGGAUCAGAGGACAGAGGCUGAGUCGCGCUUGACGCAGCUGCAGCAGGAGUUGCAGAAUUACCAAAGUCUCCAGCCGGAGGCGGAGCGUUUGCAGAAACACCUCCAAGAGAUGACAACUCAACUUCAUGCUAAUGAGGAAGCACAGGCUCAAAAAGAGGCUCGCCUGCAGAAGCACCUCAUGCUCCUUCAAGCAAGUCAGGACAGAGAACGGAGGAGCAUGGCUGCCAGCCUGGCACAGGCAGAGCAACACUCACAGGACCUUCAGGAGAGACUAGACAGGGCUGAACAGCAGAUGGGGAGCCUGAAUAAGACUCAGAUCUGGACCAGGGAAAUUGAGGAGGCUCGACAACAGCUUCAAGAGGAGCUAGCAUGUACAGUGUCUGCUGUGCAAAAACUUCAAGAGGAAAGAGAGCAGCUCGACCGUCGCUGUCAAGAGCUGCAGAACCAGUUAUUUGAGGCAGAUGGGGAGGUGAGCAGGCUGCAAAGCCGCUUGAAAACAGAAGAGACACACUACUACAAUAUUGAGCACUCAUAUGAGAGAGUUUGUGAGGAACUGCAGCUGGCCUUAGGGAAGGUACAGCAGACAGAGACUGAAACACAGGACAUACGAGAAGGCUAUGAGAGACUCCUGGACAGGAAGGAGCAAGAGCUCAGUGAAGUGUUGCUGAAGAUGGAAGUCUUAGGCAAUAGCUUGGAGGAGACAGAAGUGAAGCUUAAUGAAGUGUUAAAAGUUUGCACCUGUGCCUCUUCUCAGCUGAAGGAUGAAUCCUCGGAGCCUACUCAGCAACAUGAGAGAGAACAACAGACAACUGAUCUUGUCACUGGAAAUGACAGUGGCCAGUUGGCCAACAGCUCAAAUGCCGUUCAACAUGCAAGACCUGUCGUCACUGCAGGAGAUGACCCAGAAAGGUUUAUGUCUGUGAUCCAGAUACUUGAAACCAAGCUUUAUGUAACAGAGGAGAAGCUAAGGGACAUCAUGCAAAGACUGGAGGAACACCAGAGUCACAUCAGCUGCCAGGACCCCCACCUUUGCUCCCAGCUCACUCAGAGUCGAGCCACUGCCCAGCACCUCAGUCUGCUGCUUCACAGUCAGACCAAGAAGAACCAGCGCUUUGCACAGGAGACAGAAAACCACUUCAGGAUGUUGGUUGGCAGGUUUCAGGUCGCACUGAACAUCAUACAAGCCUGCAGAGAGAGGCUUCAAGUCACUCCAAUUAAUAUUACAGACUUUGAGAGAGAAUUAGCCACGGCUGCUGCCUGCCUUCAGCACGGGGAGAGAGAUGCGGAGAAACGACAGCAUGAAUCACAUAAUGCUAGCAAAGUAGAGGACAAGAUCCUUAAUGAUGAGACAUUAGCUGGAGGUGAGAACAACAUUAGCACUAAAAGUAAACUCACUAAUACAUUGCCCUCAGAGGAUGACAUGGAAAGUGUCGAGAAGUGUUUAAUGAGGGAAUUAUUUGUAGUAGAAAAAAUGGUGUCCGUCCUUCAGAGUCAACAUGGCAUUGGACAACUACUCUUAGUACCUAGAGAGGAUGGUAGAGGUGUGGCACACAGGUACAAAAGCAUAAUCUCCCAAAGAAUAGCCUUAAAAACAGAAUCAAGGAGUCAGUCUGGGAGAGCCGAAUGUGACAACAAUGAGCGUUUAGAAACGGCCAUCGGUAGAGUCUGUGCUGAAGCAGAGCUCAUUCAUGCUGCCUUAAAAUUUCAGCACCAAUAUGAGAGUGGGACUGAAGUAAAUAAUGAAGAUGUGGAGCAUCAAAGGAAGGGUCUGGCAGAUAUCAAUCCCCCAGAGUUGGCUCCUUAUGAGGAGCAAGUGCAGGAAGAGUGCAGAGGUUUAGAAGUAACUGCAAAACCAGCUGAAAAGGAUGAAGCUGGUGUCAAAAAGGCGGGGGCAGAGAAAGACCCAGACUGGUUAGAAAGACUUCUAACCCGUCUGCAAAGACGGGCUAAGUGCUUACGGCAACUGUGCCAAGAGAUUUCUGAUGGCAAUGGAGUAGAGUGUAGUAUGAACAAUAAGUGGGAAAAUGCUUCCGCAAUUGACUUAAAUUGGAUGCAGGAGCAGGCAAAGUUGAUUUAUUUGUCAGACAGGCUGGCCUUGGAUUUAGAGCAGGAGUUGCAGCUAAGUGAGGUGUUACAGGACAAACUACAAGCUUUGUGCAAAGAGGAGGAUUUGACAUUAAAGGAUGAGCAGGAGGCUUUUAAUCACGCCUUAUGUCAGCUUCAGGAGGACAACAGUGUAUUAAGAGAAGAGCUAGAGCGUGCCGAGCAAAAGAUAAUAUCUGUAGAAACUGGGAACCAGAGACUCCUGGAAGACAUACGUAAAGUCGAGGAUUAUCACAAGGAACGGAUGAAAAAACUGGAAACAGAGUUUCAAGAGAAGAUAAGGGAACUGCAACGGAUCCAUGAAGAGGAGAUGAAACACUUGCAUGGUUACUACAUAAAGUCUUGUGUUUCCAAAGAGAAACAGACCAAAACCUACACAGAGCCACCUGCUUUCACUGAAAGUACCUCCUCCCUGCCAGACCAGACUAUGAUGGAGAGAAAAACAAAAGAGGAGGUGGGAGGUGAUGCAGCAGCCAUAAGAGAGGCUUACCGGAAAGAUCUAGAGGCAUCCUGUGAUGACGAUUGCACUGCCAUGGAGGAAACGCACAGGCAGCUGAUUGGUGAUCUAAAGCAGCAGCAUCAGAAGGAGGUGGCAGCACUUUUGAAGGAGAAAGACCAGCUGCUGCAGGAAGAGACAGCUGCCACAGUGGCAGCCAUUGUAGCAAUGAGGAGAGCCCAUAAACAGGAGCUGGAGAAAAGCCGACAGUUUCAGCACACCAAGGAGAGUGCUGACAUCACACAACUGCAAAUGGAGCAUGAGAAGGAGAUCCAGCUGAUGCAUAAGGAGCUCGAAGUGUUGUCGGUUCAGCACACUCAGAAAUGCUUGGAAAACUCUCAGCUGAACCACGAGCUGCAAGAUGAGAGACAAUCCUUGAUGCAGUACCAGAAAGAAAACCAGGAGCUCAAAAAGAAACUGAGAGAGACAGAUGAAAUGUAUCAGCUACAUUUCUCGCUAAAUGGGAAACAUUCACAUGUUGCUCCUCAAGUAAAUGACUUCUAUGAGAUGGAGGUGAUUCUGCGGGCAAGGGAGGCAGAAAUGCAGUUUCUCAGACAGGAAGCUCGUUCUCUCAGGGAAGAGUUGAAGAUUGCUCGCAUGGACAAAAUAUAUGCCCAAAACAAGCUCAAAGCCCUCUAUACAAACAGCCAGGAUGAACCCCGUCAUGAUGUCAACAAACUCUGUGAAGAUUUCAAGUUCGCCACCUGGUCCCCAAGCAGAGAGGCUUUAGGACAGCGCCUCGAGGACACUGUGACAAACACAAGUAAUGCUGCUUUUCUGAAGAAAACAGUGAAAUCAUCCCUCACACGUCAGAUCAGAGGGGUGAGAUCAAAGAGUUUAAAAGAAGGCCUUUCCAUCCAAGAAAGAAUGAAUUUGUUUGAGUCAUUUUGAUCCGAUCAAGAUGAGAAGGUGGAAUCUGUGUUUCAGAGUGAAACUGCUGUUUGGUCAGCGCAGUUUAAAGACACUAGAUACAAAAGCUUUGUCGUUUUACAAUAUGUGUUAUAUAUUUGUAAAAGUGUGUACUGUGUAAAAAAUUGAUUUGUUGUUGUUUGUUGCUGAAAACAAGCCUAGAUUGUGUGUGCAUGUGUGAGAGAGAGAGAGACAGAGAGGGAGAAGCAUCAGAAUACCACUAGAGGGAGCAACAAACAUUGGCUUUUCUAGAUAAACCUUUCUAAAGGUUUACUGUAAAAUAGUGCUCACUCAGGACAAUGCACAGUGUGACUUAUUGACACACACUGCCUGUGUUUUCAUUAAAAUUGUGUAAAA